GCACGCCAGAUCCACGAGUCCCGUACCAGCAGCUCCCAGGUGUCGCGGGGCGUCCAAGCACGCGUUAUCGCGAAUCGCCAAUUCUUGCUUUUCGUUUCCGCUCGUCGCAGGUCGUGCUUUAAACUGUUAUUGGGAACUAUUUUCUGUUAUCCGGGACCGGAUAUAAGUCGCUAGCGAUGCGCGGUAGGAGCGACAGCAGCGAUUCGGACAGCGAGGAGCGCCGCGGGAGGAGGCGGGGACGCAAAGAGCGGAACGAUAGCCCCGAUUCUACCGAUGGGGAUUCCAACGGGAGUGACGAGGACGCGCGGAAGGUAGGCCGCGGAAGGGGGAAAGCGCGGGACGCGCGGGGCGUGCGGGGAGACGGGCGGAAGGAUGAGCGGAAGGGCCGCGGAGAGGCGGAGAGUCCGCCGGAGGACGACGGGGAAAGGCGGGGAGGGGGGAGUGGAGUUGGGGUAGCGGGAAUUGCGCGCGGCAGGGGGAGGCACGAUUCCGACGAUGAGAGCGAGGAGGAGAGGGGCGGUAGCCGUGACGAUAAGGGGGGCGGAAGGGACGGCCAGAAGGGGUUAGAGGGGGAGAAGCCCAAGGAGGGUGAGCCGGGGGAAACGAAGAAGAGCUCAGGCGGGCCAAGGGGAGAGAGAGAGCAUAAAGAGAGGGCGAGGGAGGAUCCGAGUGAGCGGGAGCGAGAUGGAGGGAGGCACGGGGAGAGAGAGAGGGGAAGGGGAAGGGAGGGCGAGGGGAGGAGGGAGAGAGAGGAGGAUAGCGGCAGGGACAGGCGAAGGGAGAGGGACAGGGACAGGGAGAGAGAGAGGGAGAGGGAGCGAGACAGCAGGAGGGGAAGGGGCAGGUCGGGGCGGCACAGGCGGGGAGAUUCUGAGUCGGAUGGGAGUGACAGCAGCAGUGAGCGGGAGAGGGAUCGGGGGAGGGGGCGGGGAAGGGGGGACAGGCACGGGAGGCGUGAGGACGGAAGGCGAGAGAGAGGGAGGGGCGAGUGGGAGGGAGAGGAGAGGCGAGGCGAGGGCAGGGAGGGGCGAGGGGGACCUUCGCGUGCAGCCCACGCUGCUGCUGAUGGUGCCACCGCCGCCACCACCACCGCUGCUGCCACUGCCAGCGGAGCAGCAGGCUCAGGGGCGAAAGCCCCCACAGCAGGUCCGGCAGCAGGUCCGGCAUCAGGUUCGGCAGCAGCAGGAGCAGCAGGAAAAGAAUUGGGGCGCACAGGGGGAGCAUACAUUCCGCCGUUCAAGCUGGCGCGCAUGCUGAAAGAAGUGAGCGACAGGAGCAGCGCGGAGUACCAGCGCCUCACGUGGGACGCGCUGCGCAAGUCCAUCAACGGGCUGGUCAACAAGGUCAACGCCAGCAACAUCAAGAACAUCAUCCCCGAGCUCUUCGCCGAGAACCUCGUGCGCGGCCGCGGGCUGUUCUGCCGCGCGUGCAUCAAGUCGCAGAUGGCGAGUCCGACCUUCACGCACGUGUUUGCGGCGCUGGUGGCCGUGGUGAACACCAAGUUCCCCGAGCUGGGGGAACUGCUGCUCAAGAGGAUCAUUCUCCAGUUCAGGAGGGCGUUCCGCAGGAAUGACAAGCCUGUGCUGCUGGCCGCCUGUCGCUUUCUAGCCCAUCUGGUGAACCAGCAGGUGGCGCACGAGAUAGUGGCGCUGGAGCUGCUCACGCUGUUGCUGGAGACUCCCACCGAUGACAGCGUCGAGGUGGCAGUGAGCUUCGUCAAGGAGUGUGGAGCCGUGCUGCAGGAUCUCUCUCCCCAGGGCCUGCACAGCAUAUUCGAGCGCUUCCGCGGCAUUCUGCACGAGGGCGAAAUCGAUAAGCGCGUGCAAUUCACCAUCGAGGGGCUCUUCGCCAUCCGCAAGGCCAAGUUCGAGGGCUUCCCAGCGGUGCUGCCGGAGCUCGACCUAGUGGAGGAGGAGGAUCAGAUCACCCACGAGCUGUCGCUGGAGGAGCCCUACGACGCUGAAACGGCACUGGACGUGUUUAAGGUGGACCCCGACUAUCUGGCCAACGAGCAGCGCUACAAGGAGAUCAAAGCCGAGAUCCUGGGAGACGAGGAGGAGUCAGAGGGGGAGAAGGGAGAGGGAGGGGGCGAUGAGGACGAUGAGGAGGAGGAGGAGGAGGAGAGCAGUGAGGAGGAGGACGAGGAGGAGCGUGCGGCGCAGCAGGAGAUCCAGGACCAGACGGAGACGAACCUGGUGAACCUGCGGCGCACCAUCUACCUCACCAUCAUGGCGUCCGUCAACUUCGAGGAGGCGGGGCACAAGCUGAUGAAAGUCAACCUCCAGCCGGGCCAGGAGAUGGAGCUGUGUGAGAUGCUGCUGGCGUGCUGCUCCCAGGAGCGCACCUACCUGCGCUACUACGGGCUGCUGGGUCAGCGAUUCUGCAUGCUCAAUCGUGCCUACCAAGAGUGUUUCGAGCAGUGCUUUGUGAAGCAGUACAGCAUGAUCCACCGCCUCGAGACCAACAAGCUGCGCAACGUGGCCAAGCUCUUUGCUCACUUUCUUGCCACCGACGCCAUGCCGUGGGCGCUGCUGUCGUACAUCAGACUUACAGAGGAGGACACAUCCUCAUCAUCCCGCAUCUUCAUCAAGAUCAUGUUCCAGGAGAUGUCGGAGCAGCUGGGGCUGCGCAAGAUGAAUGAGAGGCUCAGCGACCCGACCAUGGGAGCUGCAUUCGAUGGGAUAUUCCCGAAAGAUACACCCAAGAACACGCGCUUCGCUAUAAACUUCUUCACUUCUAUCGGUCUGGGAGGGCUGACGGACAACCUGAGGGAACACCUGAAGAACAUGCCAAAGCUGAUCAUGCAGCAGCAGAAGCCUGUCCAGGUGUCUGAGAGCGAGAGCGAGAGCGAGAGUGAUAGUGACAGUGAGAGUGAGAGCGGGAGUGAUAGUGGAUCGGACAGUGGGAGCGACAGUGAGAGCGAGAGCAGCGACAGCGAGAGCAGUGAGAGCGAGGACAGCCGAGACAGGAAAAGGAGGCGGAAGAAGUGAGCUUUGAGGUGCUUCUGGCUGGAGCCUAUGAAACGUGGUGUGUGGAUGAGUAGUAUGGUACUCUGGCCGGUUGAAACUUGAAAGGUGCUAGUCAUUUAAUUGCUGGCUUGAUAUAAUGAUGGCUUCUACUUUCACAUUAUCAAGCUUGUGUUGCUUGAAUUGUACUCUUCACAUGUAUUUGUUGAUAUUUUACGUUACGUAGUACCG